AAACAAUUGCAUCCGAAUUAGUCACUUUCGCCGGCUGCUGCUAUGGACCAUACACGUGAGAUACUGACCUUCCAAUUUGGAACCUAUGCCAACUAUGUGGGCGCCCACUUCUGGAACCAGCAGGAGGCAAACUUCAGGUACGGCGACGAAACCAACCAGGUGGCCGAGGAACAGCUGCCUCAUAAUGAUAUACUUUAUCGGGAGGGCCUGAAUGACUACAAUCGUACCACCUACACGCCGCGACUACUGUCUGUGGACUUGGCUGGGACUCUGUCGCACCUUCCGGUCGCAGGCGAGCUGUAUGGGAAUUUUGUGCAGCGGGAUGAGGAGCUGCUGCCUUUAGGCACCGGCGAGGGGCUACAGAGGGCUCGUCAGCGGGCCGAGGAGAGCAAUGUGUCCGCCUCCCAACAACUAGAUGUGGUGGAGCAGCCACAGGCAGAAAUUUCCGAGUACCAGCGAGAUUUGCUGAAGAACGCUGUGGCGCCUGAGAAGAACUAUCAGCUGGCGGAGUCGGCGAACAGUUGGGCAGACUUCCUGUACGCCCGCUACCAUCCACGCACUCUUAAUAUACUGCCGGGACUGGUUAGAGAUCAGGCUGUGCAAACCUUGGGAACAUAUACCUCUGGCACGGAACUCUGGCAGGAAGCCGCCUUCAACGACGAGUUUUGCGAUCGCAUUCGCCUGUAUGUGGAGGAGUGUGACGGCCUACAGGGCUUCCAUGUGCUGCACGACAUCGAUGACGGCUUCGCAGGACUGGCCGGAAAGUGUGUGGAACACCUGAAUGAUGAGUACGGACGUGCCAGCUUUGUUCUGCCGCUGCACUAUCCCCGAAUGACGUCCUACGCCCAAGCAGAUCCUAGGCUGGCUCACGGCAUUAGGGUGGUAAACAGUGUGCUGAGCUAUUAUCAUCUCAGUGAGCAGGCCACCAUGUUUACGCCGCUGUCCACGCUGGAGACCAUUUGGCGCAACAAUGAUCUCAAGUCGCGGCAACUGGAGGGUCUGCAUUGGCAGGCUGAUAAUCUCUACCAGACGUCAGCCCUACUGGCCACCUUCAUGGACACAGCCACUUUAGGCUAUCGGCUGCGUGGCACGCCCCAGUCGCUACGCCUCUUCUGCGGAUCGGUGUCGCCCGCGGGCAGGAAGAUGACUGCCGCAGGAAUGGCACUACCUUUCGGGCUGAGAGAGGGCCAGGAUCUUAUCGAGUUCCUUGAUCAAAGUGGCGGUAAAGCGCUGCUCACCCAAUUGACGCCGGGCUGUGAUCCAGGCGAUUCGUAUGUAGUUCAAUCGGUGACAGCUCGCGGCAUUCCCGACGAACGAUUGAAACGGCCGCGAGAGCUGGCCGGUGAACAGCUUCGAAUGGCUGCCUAUGGGUGCGACAGUGUCUCCCAAAUGUUACAGCUCUACUAUCAGUGCACCUAUCACGGAAGUGUCACCAAUGCAGCAGCCACUCCCCUGCCCUUAAAGACACAGCUUCCGUUUCCCUAUGAGGUGUUUGGUGCUAACAUUAGCGGCAAUGGCUUAAAGCUAUCUGGUAAAGCGGAACGCGAGGCGGGUACUCGUGUGGAUUGUGUCCCCGUGCUGGCCGCGUUGCAGAACUCUACUCGUUUGGGCGAGCACUUGGACAAUCUGCAUGCCCAAACGCAUCGCGUGCAGCUGGCCAAGCUACAGGCCUACUCAAAUUCCGGCUUGGAGCGUGAUGAGUACGAGACAGCGUUGGAUCAACUGCUGGAAUUCCGUGACCUGUACGCGGACUCACAGUUUCUGUAGAAAUUGUAGAGACGUGAGGAAUCUACUGUGAUUUGUGGCUAAGCAAUAGCAAUAAACACUCAUACAUACGCCA